AUGUCAAAGCCUAUGGAUGUGGAGCAGCUUCCCAGCAGUCAUCAUUUUGAAGGUGAUGUUGCUACCAAACCAGAGCUUCAUGUCAAUGUUCCCGAGGCACGACAGUCCUUUAUAAGAAAGAAGUUCGAUCGCAGGGUCCUCCCGAUUGUCUGUACACUCUACGUUUUGUCUUACCUGGACAGGAGCAACAUUGGCAACGCAAAGGCGGCUGGUCUCGAAAAAGACCUUCGCUUGAGUAAUUAUCAAUGGUCCUGGGUCUUGUACUCAUUCUAUAUCUGCUAUAUUGUUUUUGAAUGGACUACGAUCCUUUGGAAAAUCUUCCCUGCACACCUCUACGUUGCGCUGCUGUGUAUUUGCUGGGGUGCAGCGGCCAUGUGCACGGGUGCUGUCAACAAUUUCACGCAGCUUCUUGCUUGUAGAUGUCUGUUGGGCAUCUUUGAAUCCAUCUUCAGCAGUGGAGCACCUUAUUUCCUCUCGCUGUUUUACCAGAGGAGGGAGCUUGGCUUCAGAGUUUCGCUGCUUCUAGGGAUGUCUCCUGUCGCAAAUUGCUUUGCCUCCGCUCUGGCAUACGGUAUCACUCAGAUCAAGGGCUCUCUUGAACCAUGGCGGUACCUGUUCAUCAUAGGCGAGUAUUUCUUUCUACUUGCGCUCAAGGGUGCACCAACGGUCUUGUUUGCCGCUGUUGUCUUCUUGUAUCUCCCCGAUUCUCCGGGAAGUGCGAAAUUCCUGAAUGAGACUGAGCAGAUCGAGGCUGUGGAGCGUUUGCAAACGAUUGAUCGGACAGCCAAGAACAAAUUGCAAUGGAAGCAAGUGACUAGCGGCUUGAAAGAUUACAAAAACUACGUCCACAUGACGAUUCAUUUCUGCUGCAACUUUUCCUUUUCAGCCCUGUCGAACUUCCUGCCAACAAUUAUUGAGACUAUGGGGUACACUUCUGUCAACGCUCAAGGCCUCUCGGCACCCGCUUACUUCGCCUCUUUUCUAUGUUGUAUCGUUGCCGCGAUAGUAUCUGAUCGCUGGGGUAACCGAGGCUAUGUGAUUACGUUCUUCGCCGUCCUAGGCACAAUUGGAUACAUAAUACUGACCUGUGUCACGGAUGAAUCAAAGACUGGGGCACGGUAUACGGGGAUCUGGCUUGCAACAUGUGGGAUUUUCCCAGCCUUGUCAAUCAACAUUACAUGGCUAUUGAACAACCAGGGAGGGGAGAGCAAGAAAGGUGCAGGAAUGGCCAUGCUCGCCAUCUUUGGACAGUGUUCGAGUUUGAUCAGCAGCUCCGUCUUUCCAAACAAGGAUGCGCCCUUCUAUACGACAGGAUGUGCCCUCGGUUGUGUUUUCACCGGCAUAAUUGCUAUCCUAGCUAUGGGACUUCAUAUCUCGUUGACUCUGGAAAAUCGCAAACGGGAUCGAUUAUAUGGACAAGUCAGCGAGCAUAACCGAGUUGAUGUUACUGAUGGUGGAGACCAGAACCCUGCCUUCCGUUAUCUGACUUGA